AUGGUCUUCAGAGCCGAAGAUCAAAGCCAGCUACAGCUCGUUAAACGCCAAGACAUCGACGACGAAGACGACCUCUUCGAAGUGAUCGAUAAGCUGAUUGCUCAGGGAAUCAAUGCCGGAGAUGUUAAGAAGCUUCAGGAGGCAGGGAUCUACACUUGCAAUGGUUUGAUGAUGCACACCAAGAAGAACUUGACGGGAAUUAAAGGUUUAUCUGAGGCCAAAGUUGAUAAGAUUUGUGAAGCUGCUGAGAAGAUAGUGAACUUUGGAUAUAGUAAUGGGAGUGAUGCUCUAACCAGAAGGAAGUCUGUGAUUCGCAUUACGACUGAGAGCCAAGCACUUGAUGAACUAUUAGGCGGUGGGAUUGAAACUCGAGCAAUCACAGAAGCCUUUGGGGAAUUUAGGUCUGGGAAAACACAGCUUGCGCACACACACUGCAUAACUACACAACUUCCUACUAACAUGCAUGGAGGGAAUGGAAAGGUUGCUUACAACAAGGAAUUCGAUUCUCACAAGUGUAAGGCUGAGAAGGAACGCCACUGUGCAAGCAAGAAGAAUGACUUCAAUGCUCACAACCAUAAGGAUAAGGAGGGAAGCAAGAAAGACUUCAAUGCUCAUGGAUCCUGGUUAAUGUUCUUUAUGAUGUUGCUGCUGAAAAGGAAGGUUGAACCAAAAGCAACAAAUGUGGACAAAGUUCUUAAUGCGAGCAAGGAGGACUGUGAUGCUUUCAACCAUUCUGUUGGAGUCUGCUGGUAG